AUGAAGGAACCGGAUGCCAUCAAACUUUUCAUUGGACAGAUCCCCCGGAAUUUAGAGGAGAAAGACCUGAAACCCAUCUUUGAACAAUUUGGCAAAAUCUAUGAGUUGACAGUCAUUAAGGAUAAAUACACCGGCAUGCACAAAGGAUGCGCUUUCUUGACCUACUGUGCCCGCGAAUCAGCUCUCAAGGCCCAAAGUGCGCUACACGAGCAGAAAACUUUGCCAGGGAUGAACCGGCCAAUCCAGGUGAAACCAGCAGACAGCGAAAGCAGAGGAGGUAGCAACUUCCUGUCUCCACCUCCAGAAGACAGGAAGCUGUUCGUGGGAAUGCUGGGUAAGCAGCAAACCGAUGAAGAUGUCCGGAAAAUGUUCGAGCCCUUUGGAAGCAUUGACGAAUGCACGGUACUCCGUGGCCCCGAUGGCACCAGCAAAGGCUGUGCCUUCGUGAAGUUCCAGACGCACGCAGAAGCGCAGGCUGCCAUCAACACGUUGCACGGGAGCCGCACGUUGCCGGGUGCCUCCUCCAGCCUCGUGGUGAAAUUUGCAGACACCGAGAAGGAGCGAGGCCUCCGGCGCAUGCAGCAAGUGGCCAACCAGCUGGGCAUGUUCAGCCCCAUCGCGUUGCAGUUCGGGGCGUACAGCGCCUACACCCAAGCACUAAUGCAGCAGCAGGCAGCUCUGGUCGCUGCGCACUCCGCCUACCUCAACCCCAUGGCCACGAUGGCCGCCGUCCAGAUGCAGCAAAUGGCCACCAUCAACCCCAACGGCCUCAUCGCUACGCCCAUUACACCCAUCACGCCGUCCUCAGGUACCAGCACACCACCUGCCAUCGCUGCCACGCCAGUGUCUGCCAUCCCAGCCACCCUCAGCGUCAACGGGUACAGCCCAGUUCCCACUCAGAGCACGGGGCAGCCUGCUUCUGAGGCCAUCUACACGAACGGAGUCCACCCCUAUCCAGCACAGAGCCCAGCGGCCCCCGUGGAUCCGUUGCAGCAGGCCUAUGCCGGAAUGCAGCACUACACAGGACCCGCCUACCCCGCUGCCUAUGGACUGGUGAGCCCAGCCUUCCCUCAACAGCCAGCCACCAUCAUCACCCAGCAGCCGCCCCCACAGCAGCAGCAGCAGCGGGAAGGCCCCGAGGGCUGCAACAUAUUCAUCUACCACCUGCCGCAAGAGUUUACGGAUUCCGAGAUCCUCCAGAUGUUCCUCCCCUUUGGGAAUGUCAUCUCUGCCAAAGUCUUCGUGGACCGGGCUACCAAUCAGAGCAAAUGUUUCGGCUUUGUGAGUUUUGACAAUCCUGCCAGCGCUCAGGCCGCCAUCCAGGCCAUGAACGGCUUCCAGAUUGGGAUGAAGCGCCUCAAGGUCCAGCUGAAGCGGCCCAAAGACGCCAACCGGCCCUACUGA